AUGAGCGCUGAAUGCAGCAGUUACUACAGCACUGACGGUGUGUUAGUGCACGGUUUCUCCUGCCCCAGACCGGGAAAUGCCGCUGCCGCUGUUUACUGCUGUGGAUUUAAUGAUGUUAAAUAUUGCUGUGAUGAUCCCAACAGUUUUUUCCCCUAUGAGUACGGAUACAUGUGGUGGCUGAGUAUCGGCGCUCUGGUUGGUCUGUCCAUUGCAGCGGUGGUCCUCCUUGCCUUCCUCAUCACCGUAUGUGUCCUCUGCUACCUCUUCAUCGCCACCAAACCCAGUCGUCUUGACAACGGCCUACCCCUCAGAGUACCAGAGGGAGAUCCCAGUGAAGGAUCCAGCCAUGCGAGAGCGACCUGUGCAUCUGGUCCGCAGGGAUUCAGAAAGAACUUCAUGAGCAGGAAGCUGGACUGUGAUAACCAGCCGCCAGACCCUGAGCGCCUGUUCCAGAGAUGUUUCCCAGCCACAGUCACCAGCGUGAAAGUGGAAAGCCCCUCGUAG